AUGAUUGUAAAGACCAAGUUGGAAAUGAGUGGAAUUACUCGUGAAAUUCUUGAGCCUGGAGAUUUCACGGUGGAUGUUUUUAUAGUAGUGGUGGAUGGUACUCUCACUGGUGAAGCUGCUGUCUCACAACAAAAGUUUCUCAAAAAGGCACUUACAGAACUCCGAAAACGUAGAAUUCCCUUCGUUUUCGCCUCUUCGAAACGCGAUUGUGAAGUGUCUCCUGAGAAUAAGGAAUUUUUGAAGCAUCUGCUACAUAAAGUCUGCAAGUCGCUAAAGAAGACACGAUGUUGUAGAGUCGAAACUUCAGCCAGACUCAACAUCAAUGUUCAUCAAGCAUUUUUUUCUGCCGCAUUGCUGUGCACUCCCUCAUCCAGUGAGAUAACUUGCAAGUAUUUUCCAUGCUAUCGGCCUCUAAAUGUUGUAUUUAAAGCAUCCCGUGGCUAUCAGUGGCUAGAAGAAAUCGAAAAUCCUCAAUUCUCUGUACCCUCAACUACGUUUUCCUGCACUUGUCCACGACGACUCCUGGUUCACUCAGUGUUUGAGUGUCGUCGGACUCACUUAAUGUCUUCACUUCGUCGAGAGGCCACAAGCGUACACUCUCUCCUUCCCCCAUCCGUCCACUCCCUUGCUUUAGGUGCUGAUGCUGACAAGCCUUCUAAUCCCUACUGGCCACAUCGUACUUUGGCCCUGUUGUCGAAAUCUCUCUGUAAUCAAGCUGUCCCACUGACGCCGAAAAACGCGACUCCAAAGAAUAGCGUGAGGGUAGGUAUCAGGAUUUGUGAACGCGAGGAAGGCAACGAGGAGGUUUCAAAGAAUUGCAUUUCUCAGUUGGCGCUAACUCAAAAGAAUGAGGAGAGAAGAAAGUGUCUUCAGUUUGAACUAAGGAACAUCAUCCCCAUUCACACAUCCUGGAUGCUGAUCGUGUUGGGGAGAACAUGA